CAGCGCGUGAAGCUGCCGCGGGCCGCGGACCCGCUGCUGGCGGUGCUGGGCUGGGGGGUCACGCAUCAGAUCAACGAGCUGAGCCAGGUGCCACUGCCCGUGAUGCUGCUGCCCGACGACUUCAAAGCCAGCUCCAAAAUCAAGGUCAACAACCACCUCUUCAACAGGGAGAACCUGCCCAGCCACUUCAAGUUCAAGGAAUACUGUCCCCAGGUGUUCCGUAACCUGCGCGAGCGCUUUGGCGUUGAUGACCAGGACUACCAGGUGUCCCUGACUCGGAGCCCCCCGCGCUGGGCAGGCAGUGGCCACCGCCUGCUGCUCUCGGCCGACCGGACGCUGGUGCUGAAGGAGCUGUCGAGCGAGGACGUGGCCGAUGUCCACGGGCUGCUGUCCCACUACCACCAGUACGUGGUGCAGUGCCACGGGCAGACGCUGCUGCCGCGGUUCCUGGGCAUGUACCGGGUGAGCGUGGACAGCGAGGACACGUACCUGCUGGUCAUGAGGAACCUGUUCAGCCACCGCCUGCCCGUGCACAGGAAGUACGACCUCAAGGGCUCCCUCGUGGACAGAGAGGCCAGUGACAAGGAGAAGGGCAAGGAGCUGCCCACACUGAAGGAUGUGGAUUUCCUCAACAAAAACGAGAAGGUGUUUGUGGAAGAGGAGCAGCAGCGAGAGUUCAUGGAGAAACUCAAGCGGGAUGUGGAGUUCCUGGUGCAGCAGAAGCUGAUGGACUACAGCCUGCUCCUGGGCAUCCACGAGGUGGAACGGGGGGAGCAGGAGGAGGAGGAGGAGCUGGAGGAAGAGGAGCCUGGAGGGGGUGACGAGGGGGGCCUGGGGGGUCCCUAUGGCACCUCCCCAGAGGGCCUGGGGGGGCUCCUCAACUCCUACCGACCCCUGGGACCUGGAGAGUUCGACCCCUGCGUGGACGUGUACGCCCUGCGUGGAGCCGAGGGAGCCCCCCGACGUGAGGUUUAUUUCAUGGGGCUCAUCGAUGUCCUCACCCAGUACGACGCCCGCAAGAAGGCGGCACACGCGGCCAAGACCGUCAAACACGGGGCCGGAGCCGAGAUCUCCACAGUGCACCCCGAGCAAUACGCCAAGCGCUUCCUCGACUUCAUCACCAACAUCUUCGCCUGAGAGGGGCCCUGGACCCUCCCCACGGGACCAAAACCCCCCAGGGUGUGCUGACCUCCCCCUACACCC